UUUUCAUCUUUUAUUUACCGUCGCUAGAUGGCGGUAUUGAGAAACGAUCAUAAUUCCUCUGUCGACGUCAUUUUGUACUAAACAGUAUUGCAAUUGGCAACGAGUCAAGCACGAGAGAAGUGAUCAAAAAAUGGCAUCCGCGCCGACGUCGCACAAUGAGGUUUCCCAGGAAUUUUCUGUCAACAAACUCAUCCGUGUCGGUUAUUACGAGCUGGAAAAAACUAUCGGUAAAGGAAAUUUUGCCGUGGUUAAAAUGGCCACCCACGUCGUAACGAAAUCCAAGGUUGCUAUAAAGAUAAUAGACAAAACAAAACUAAAUGAAGAAAACUUAGCAAAAAUUUUUCGUGAAGUACACAUAAUGAAGAGGUUACGACAUCCACAUAUUAUAAGACUGUACCAAGUAAUGGAAACGGAGAAAAUGAUAUAUUUAGUGACAGAAUAUGCUCCUGGAGGUGAAAUAUUUGAUCAUCUUGUUCGAAAUGGUAGAAUGCCAGAACCAGAAGCACGAAGAAUUUUCCGUCAGAUUGUACUUGCCGUUCAUUAUCUGCAUCAACAAAGAGUAGUUCAUCGAGAUCUUAAGGCUGAAAACUUGUUACUUGAUGCAGACAAUAAUAUAAAACUUGCUGAUUUUGGCUUUAGUAAUGAAUAUACACCUGGUGUUCCACUUAGUACGUGGUGUGGAUCACCACCAUAUGCUGCACCAGAAAUUUUUGAAGGAAAACAUUACGAUGGUCCAAGAGCUGACGUAUGGAGUCUUGGCGUUGUCUUAUAUGUAUUAGUUUGUGGCGCUCUACCAUUUGAUGGACCUACAAUGCAGUUAUUACGAUCUGUGGUUGUCUCAGGGAAAUUCAGAAUACCAUUUUUUAUGUCUGCAGAUUGCGAAAAAUUGAUUAGACACAUGUUGGUGGUAGAACCAGAGCGCCGUUUAAAUAUAUCUCAAAUCUUAGCACAUUCAUGGAUGGACGGAGAUGGAGUAAUAGAAUUAGAACCUGGAGGAUGUAGCCCUGAUGCGAGCAUACCAGCACCAUUAAAUCAAUUAGUGAUAGAAAAUAUGUUAAGAUUGCCUGGACUCAGUGCAGAUACGUUAUUACAAGCCAUUAAAGGAAAUACUUUUGAUCAUGUAUCAGCUAUUUAUAAUUUACUCGUUGAUCGAUUAGAACCAACAAUGCCUAAUUUACCCAGUAUCCAAAGUAUACCAGGUGAUUAUAUGCCAGAUGGUGCACAUCAAUUAGAGAAGUUUGGUGAAACUGAAGCUGAAACGGAGGAAAAAAGUAGUCUUUAUUUGCCAUCUGGAACACCUUAUCAUACAACAAGAAGGCAUACAGUUGGUCCUGGUGAUGCAGUACACCAGUCUCCUUCGUCAUAUCCUUAUAAUCAUAUGUCAGGCUACCAAACUUUACGGCCUCUUCAGUUUCCUCUUGUUCAAUGUAAUAUGGACCCUCAAGUUUUACCACAUACCAAUUUACCAUUAAAUCUUCCCUUAGUCCAACAUCAACCGCCACAAAAUUUCCAAAUAAAGGAUCAACAUUUAUUGAAACCGCCUCCUGUAAUGGGUGCCACUGGAAGCUUUGGUAGAAGAGCUUCAGAUGGUGGAGCAAAUCUUCAUAUAUUUCAUCAACAACACAGUAACACUAAUAAUGAUGAAGAUGGUGGCUGGAGUCAGCCUGGUAGUAGGGAACAAUUACAGCCGUUACAGAGUGGUAGUUCGGGAUUAGUACAAUGUGCUCAGUCAUUAAAUGUUGCUGCCAGUACCGCGACUGGAGACGGAAGUAACAACAGCAGUGGUAGUAAUAGUGGAAAUAGUGAUAGAAGAAGAAGGAGUGGCCUUAGCACUGUUAUGCAGCGACCAGUUAUAAAUCCGGAACUGGUAAUGGAGGUAGAAGCUAGGAUGAAUAGAGCUUAUCUACCACCGCGACUGUUACCACAAACUCACUUUAGAGGACCAACACAUCCACAUCAUAGGAAAUCUUCACUAUAUCAUACUAGUACUGUAAGUAAUAGGGAUUCGUAUAAGGAACCAAGCAGUCAUGUUGCUACUGAAAGAUACUCACCUGUUCGACGGGCAUCAGAAGGAUCAGGUGCUCCUGGGCCAGGCAUCCAAGCACUUCAACAAGAAUAUCAACAGUUACAGAGAUUAGCAUCACCUUCACAUAGCCCUGCAAGUAUUCCGGGUUCUCCUGUACACGAAAGAAGUGUAGCAGCAAUUACACAAGGUCUCAGUGGUUUAACUACAACAUCAGUAGUACCGGGUAGUAUCGUACACGGUACACCGGCGCAGCCACCGGCUACACCUUUAGAUUUAAGUCCACUUAGGCAUCAUAGAUCACCUGCCACUACUCCUGUGAGUUACUCCCCCAGCAAUAGCCCAGCAUUGGAUAUGAUACAAGAAGAACAUCCUGUAGAAAUAUCCAGGGUACCACCACAAAUUUCAGUAACAGACGUUCUCGGGGGGCAAGUGACGUUAAUUAGUUGCUCGCCUUCUCCAUCUCCAUCGCCAGACUCACUCGAAGAUGCAUUACCUCAUUACAACACUCUUCCGAGUUUUAUUAUUUCAGAGCCAUGUGAUCCUUCAAGACCUAGUAUAACACGCGGUAUCGGUAGACCGCACAAUACGAUACCUACCGAAGUUGAGGUUCCUUUAUCCGAUGAGUCAAGCAGAUUGAAUUCCGAAACUAUAUUAGGUCGUGUAAAACAAAUAAUAGAUGCGAGAGCACCACCGAAAGGUUUUAUAUUUUCAAGAGAGGAAGUGGAAGGUAGUGGACUUAGUUUAGAAUAUCCCGGAGGUGUACAAAUUGAACUUAGGGUAUGCGAAUCAGAGGAGAGAGAAGCGAAAGGAAUAAAGAUGCGUAGGAUUAGCGGGGACCAAUUGCAAUAUAGUCAACUUUGUCAGCAAUUGAUUUCAUGUAUUACUGUUUGACGACAACCAGCAUAUAAUAUAAUAUGUUUUUAUACAUUACGUUACAUUCCUAGUGUAACAUACACUAUUCAUCACAGUAUUGCACACGCUGCAUAUACACAAAUGGUGUUUUCAAAUUAUCUUUUUCACAGACACAUAUACAACAUAUACAUACACAUACACGCGCGCGCGCACGUGCAAUAACAUUACUGUGUUAUUAUUAUAUUCAUGUAACAUUCAAUGUAUUAUACGUUUUUUAGUGUUUGUUUUGAGAGAUAUAAGAGCCACCUUUAUAAUAUGAAAUUGUAAAUAGGAAAAUAUUAGUUGUAUAUUCAUACCUUUUAAAACAUUGAAAUAUUAUUAUAUAUAUAUGCAUGUUUAAUAAUUCCAAAAAAAAAAUUAACGGAUUAUUUUCCUUGUUUUUUUAAUUGUACCAAACUUACAUUUUAUCAAGUACUGUUUUAAUGAAAAGUUUUAAUGAAAAUUUUGUGAUCAUGGAAUUGAUAAUAGCACCCAGUGUAGAUGCAAAGAACGAAUCAUCCAUUCACAUUUGUUUAAUACAUGUGCACUAGGUGCUAUUCAAUUUUCUAUCCUAUUCGUAAUAUUUCUCUUCAUCAUAUAUGUAUAAUAUUUUUAAUGUUAGAGAUAACAUAGACAAAAUUUAAAGUUUUUUAAUUUGUAUCAUUUUUUAGUUACUUGUAGACUUAAUUAUAUAAGGAAAUGGGAAAUGAGAAUAUUGUAAUUUGUACUAGACAAAUAUUAACAAACACAGUCCUCUUUCUUUGUGCCACAUACAAUUUAUGAACAGAUUUAUAUAAGAUGAAUGACCUUACUGUAAAUAAUUAUAUUGUGGCGAGAUGUCAUUAUUUACGUUAAACAGAAAUAAAUGAUGACAAAAUAUGUACAUUGAACUGCAUUGUAUAUAUUAUACAAUACAAAAAUUCAGUAAUUGUAUACACUUACUAGUAAAUGUUUACAUUAAAAUUGAAGAAGGUUCAGAAGGUUAAAGAAGAUAUUGGAUAAAAAUGAAUAUGUUUACUAUUACUAGUAAAUAUAUACAUUUACUAAACAAUUCAGUUAAAAUAUACUGAUAUAAUUUGUGAAUUGUAAAUCUUGUUGACAAAUGGUAUAUCGAUUAAAUUACGUGCAAUGUGAUAUAUUUUAUUAAUUAAAAUAAACAAAAGCGAUUCUUGUUUAAACAUCAAA